AUGGCUUCAAUCGAUAUACCAUUUCUUCACGGAUCUAAAGAUCGUAAUGUAUAUGCUAAUCCGGAUGUUUAUACUAGUGCUGGAGUUGUUGCCACCACGUACUCGCGAUUUAAAACAAGCUUUUGGAUUGAUAGGAUUUUACUCAUUUUAACUGUAUGUAUCCCUGUCACUCAAGCAUUAGUUCUCUUAUUAUUGCAUGCUCUUCUGGGCGUUACUCGUUGUCUUCCAGAUACAAAAGAAAAUAAACUUGAUUAUUACACAAUUACAAAUACAUUUAUUGAUCGUGCAUGUGGUCUACAACUGACUACGGAAGUACUGCAAGGAACAGUUAAACGAUUACCACAUUCUUUUAAAUCUUCAAGUCAAAUUCAUUCUGAAUCAGAAGUAACCAAUAAAGAAAUUAGUACAAUUCGUCUACAGCAUGAAUGUUAUCCAUUUGUUUUAAUUAUAUAUGCAGUAGCAAUGUGGAUACCUCAUUACUUAUAUCAUCGCUCUACAGAUCGAACUGCUAGACGUGAUUUAUGCUUGGUACGUGCCGAAUUACAUAGUUUCAGAAGAGCUGUUACACAAGAACUUGCUUAUUUACAAACACUUGCAACUGCAUCAACUGAUGUUGGUGCACCAACUGGAACUUUUCUAUCACCUACAUCAACUAUUCCAACAGGUCCUAUAAUACAUCAGAAUGGUUUAUAUCAUCCUCAUACUGGAAUAGGAUAUGGUGUACAAAAUGAUGGAACUAGUGGACGUACAACUGCUGCAACAUUUGGUGGUGGAUCAGCUCUAUCACAAACAACUGCACCAACUGUGAUUCAUGCACAACAACAAUCUACAACAAUUGGUACAAUUAGAUAUGGUGGUAUUGGUGGUGGUAUUGUUGAUAGUCCAACAAUUUCACCAGCUAUACCAAUAAGUUUUGGUGAUGCUGAUUUAUCAGCUCCAGGUUUAUUAGAUUUACCAUGUUUUCAUGCAUGUCAUGCAGAUUGGUCAUUAAAUACUUAUUUAGCUGCAUGGCAAAAUACCGAUUCUAUUGGUCAAGAUAUAUAA